AUGGCGUCGCCCACAAAGUCAUCUGCAGGAUCGCCGUACCGUUCUCCGGGUGGUGUUACAGCCCAUUUUAAACAUGCGUGUGUUGCAUCUAGUCAAACCAAAGCCUCAGAGAUUGGAGUAGGUAUACUGAAGGCUGGAGGCAAUGCUGCGGAUGCUGCUGUAGCCGUGGCUGCAGCUUUGAAUGUCUUAUCUCCAUGUUUUAAUGGGAUCGGUGGAGACUGCUUCUGUCUGUAUUAUGAUGCUGCUAAGAAAACAGUUAAAGGACUGAAUGGAAGCGGGCGUUCACCUUCAGAGAUAUCCCUAGAAGCUGUUGAGCAUCUUGGUUUCAGCAGAGUUCAGCCCAUUCCAGUAACCCAUGGACUUAAUGUGACUGUACCUGGAGCGGCAGCUGGAUGGGUGGACACUGUAACACAGUUUGGAUCAGGCAAACUUUCACUGCAGCAGAUACUCCAACCCGCCAUUGAUCUUGCUGAAGGUGGCUUCAUUGUGCAACCUGUAGCUGCUAAUGGUUGGCAAAGUGAUGUAGAGAAACUAUUAGUUGAGUCCAACCCCCAUGGGAAGACUAUGCUGAAGGAGGGACAGGCACCUAAAGCAGGUGAAACCAUGAAACUACCAUUGCUGGCUCAGACAUUCAAGGAACUGGCAUUGAAAGGUAAAGCAGGAUUCUAUGAGGGUAGGAUUGCUGAAGCUAUCGUUGACAUCGUGAAGGCUAAUGGUGGAGUAAUGAAUCUACAGGACCUGACGACUCAUCAGAGUUCCAUUGUGGAUCCAAUCAAGGUCAACUAUAAAGGGCUAGAUGUUUGGGAAAUCCCUCCUAAUGGUCAAGGGAUGACGGUCUUACUUGGGCUCAAUUUACUAGAAGGAUUUGACCUUAAAGCCAUGGGACACAACUCUGCUAAGUACGUUCACACAGUAAUUGAAGCUACUAAGCUAAGCUUUGCUGAUAGCCUGCAAUACUGUGCUGAUAUGGAUCAUGUAGAUGUUCCUCUCAAGCAGUUACUAUCAAAGGACUAUGCAGCCAAGAGAAGGAGAAAUAUACAGCCUGACAAAGCUCUUGAGAAUGUUGAGUAUGGGGAAGUGAAUAUUGGAGAUGACACGGUGUAUUUCUGUGUAGUAGAUGACCAGGGAAAUGCAUGCUCCUUCAUCAUUAGUAACUACAUGCACUUUGGGACAGGUCUGGUACCCAAAGAAUGUGGCUUUACUUUACAUAACCGAGGUGCUAAUUUCUCCCUGCAGCAAGGUCAUGCUAAUGUCAUAGCACCAAGCAAGAGACCGUUUCAUACAAUCAUUCCUGGUAUGAUUACCGCAGCUGAUACCGGAGCAUUAUUAGCGCCAUUUGGUGUCAUGGGCAAAUUCAUGCAGCCUCAAGGCCAGAUACAGGUUCUAUUGAGUAUGUCAGAAUUUGGAAUGAAUCCCCAACAAGCCUUAGACAACCCUCGCUUCCUUGUUGACAUUGAGCAGACUGGAGUAUCCGGUAAGGUGUAUGUAGAAGAUGGAUUCAGCAGUGAAGUUAUUCAGGAGCUACGCUCUAUGGGUCAUGAUAUCAUUGGGCCAGUCAUUGGAUGGGAUAGAGGUAACUUUGGGAGGGGUCAAGUAAUUACCAUGAGUGACUGGUGGGCUAAUAAAGACACUGCUUCAACUGAGUUUGGUGAAGUCUUACUACAUGCAGGUAGUGAUAUCAGAGGAGAUGGGGUACCAGUCGGUUAUUAAAGACACUGGACACUAUUGGUAAUUGCCAAAGACCAGUCUUCUCACUUGAUGUAUCUCUCAU